GUUGCACAGCGAAAUUGCGUGGUUGCGUGCCCGUCAGUGUUUAUUUGGACUUGCCUUGCGCCUUCCGAGGAUUUGGGAAAGUUCUGUAGACAACUUGAUCGUCAAAGUCACAGUCUUACAAAAACUUGUCAGGCAGAUACAGUCUAGUUACAGCUGGGUAACGGGCUAGCGCCUGCUGCCUGUAAGGUUUUCUGUUCAUAUCGAGUGUUGUCAGCUAGCUGGCUAACUUAGCUAGGUAGCCAUCGUUAACACAUUGAAAUUGCAAUACAGAACUGACUGGCAUUUGAAAUCACUUUGGCUAGCUAGUUAGACUAGCCAGCACAGGCGAGCGAAAUUAUUAAAUUGCGUGUUCUUACAGCUUAGCUAUCAACAUAGCGAGCAGCAAUGUUGAGUAAAACGGGUCUGAUGAAGAAUAUUUUGGGAUCCAUGAGUGGGUUCCCCAGUCAUCGUCUGAAAUUUGCAGAAAGUGCUGCAAACGCCGUUCAUCGGGAGAGAGAAAUUAUCAAAAGCAGAGAGUUGGAGAGAGAUGAGUUGCGGCCGCUAUACAUGGAUUUCCAGGCUACAACGCCGAUGGACCCACGAGUUCUGGAUGCCAUGCUUCCAUAUCAAGUGAACUACUAUGGAAACCCUCAUUCCAGGACGCAUGCGUACGGCUGGGAGAGUGAGAGUGCUAUGGAGAAAGCCAGAAAACAAGUGGCAGAUCUGAUUGGUGCAGAUCCCAGAGAGAUUGUGUUCACCAGUGGGGCUACAGAGUCCAACAAUAUGUCAAUCAAGGGAGUUGCACGGUUUUAUAAGGCCAAGAAGAAGCAUAUAAUCACCACACAGACGGAGCACAAGUGUGUGCUGGACUCCUGUCGAGUAUUGGAGGCAGAAGGGUUUGACGUCACGUACCUCCCUGUCCAGAACAAUGGCUUGAUUGAUCUGCAGCAACUGGAGGAAACCAUCCGGCCGGAUACAAGCUUGGUGUCGGUGAUGACGGUGAACAAUGAGAUUGGAGUGAGACAGCCAGUGAAAGAAAUAGGCCAUAUUUGCCGAUCAAAGAAUGUGUUCUUCCACACGGAUGCUGCCCAGGCGGUUGGGAAGAUCCCCAUCAAUGUUUCUGACUGGAAGGUGGAUCUGAUGUCCAUCAGUGGCCAUAAAAUAUAUGGCCCCAAAGGUGUGGGAGCGCUGUACGUGCGUCGGCGGCCCCGGGUUCGACUGGAGCCCCUGCAGAAUGGAGGAGGGCAGGAGAGGGGGCUGCGCUCGGGAACGGUGCCCACUCCCCUGGCUGUGGGGCUGGGAGCCGCCUGUGAGAUAGCACUGCAGGAAAUGGAGUACGAUCACGGUCGCGUGUCCAUGCUGGCAAAUCGUCUCAUUCAGAAAAUAAUGGGAGACAUACCUGAUGUUGUGAUGAACGGUGACCCUGAGCAGAGAUACCCAGGUUGCAUCAACUUGUCCUUCGCCUAUGUUGAAGGUGAGAGUCUACUGAUGGCCUUGAAGGACGUUGCCCUCUCCUCUGGCAGCGCCUGCACCUCGGCCUCGUUGGAGCCCUCAUAUGUGCUCAGGGCCAUUGGAACAGAUGAGGAUCUCGCCCACUCGUCAAUCAGAUUUGGCAUUGGGAGAUUCACCACAGAGGAAGAAGUGGACUACACAGCUGAGAAAUGCAUUCAGCAGGUUAAACGUCUGAGAGAAAUGAGCCCAUUAUGGGAAAUGGUGCAAGAGGGGAUUGAUCUGAAGAGCAUUAAGUGGACGCAGCACUGAAGACUCGGCAGGAAAAUGCUGGAAAGACCAGAGCAUCGUGUAUGCUAAUCGUGCAUAAUUGGCAUAUCAUGCUUAUAUACUCAGCGUGAAUUGCCACUCCUAGCGUAACUAGGAUAUUUUUCCUGAUGUUUCCCUGUAAUCAAAAGCAAACACGCACAACCUUUUAUUUAAUUUUUGGAAAUGAUGUGUUUAUUUUGGCAGACUAUGUUCUGUUACUUUGAAUUUGACAAAGUAUACUUAGUGCAUACAUUAUGUACUAAUGGAUGGGUGACGUCUCCAGCAGGGUCACAGCAACCUUUGAUGGGUUUUCUGACCGUUUGAUAUGGUUAUGGGUGAAGUAUUUUUUUAAACUGUGAUCGCCAAGAACUACAUUCCAGUAGGAUUCUAAGAAUUAAUACAUUAUGAUAAUAAUCUUCAAUAUUCAUUCAAUCUUCAAUAGGGGUUCACAGUAUCUGCACAUCACAGAGAACAUUGACGUUGUGAUGAGUGUUUUAUAGAUCCUGAUUAGCCUUGAAGUAUGAUUACAUUACAUAUUUGGCCAAAUUUGAAACAGUUAUAAUUUUGUUUCAGAUCAGAGUUCAUUGGCACCAUGAAACACCACCACAGCAUUGAGGAGAUAUGUUACAAGUAUGCUUUUUAUUCAUGUGCUAUGUUACCAUGUUAAGUACAUCACAAAUUUUAGACUGCUUUCCUGACUAAUACCCACUUUCCACUUGACUCAGAUAUUUUGCAAUACUUUCUUAAUAGGUCUAAGCUUAUAAGUAAAUGUCAAUAAAUAGAUGUAUGGACAUACUUGUGUAUUGAAAGCUAUGUUAAAGUUACAGUACUUAAUGGUAGCAACGGUUGAAGUUAAUCAAAACACCUGUACCAAAAAUCCAAAAAUAUAUAUAUAUUUUUUUCAAAAAUAUUUAGAAAUGUCUAAAUAUGCUUUGACCUAAGCAGCACUGAACCUCUUCAGCAAAACACACUAGGGGCUUAAUUUUAUUCAGUAAUAUAGCAACCACAUCUGGGCACCCUCAGUCAGGUAUACUCCACAAACACCCCAGUCUUCCAUCUGUGUACUUUAUCCUCUCCACAUUAAACCUCUGGCAUG